UGUAGCCAUUUGGCUCAUGCUUUCGUAAUGUUCCUCUAAUUAUUGGAUGUGUUAAGCUAGGUCUAUCUUUGAAACCAGGGCUUUUCCCUGUUGUUGCCAUUGCGAGUCUUGUACAAUUGUACCACCAGUUAAUCACUGUUCUGUGUUUGUGCGAAUUUUGGUUUGAAUUCACAAGGUGAGAUUUGAUUUUUAGUCCUCUAUAUAAAUAUUGUCAAUUUUCUUACUUAUCUUAUUCUUGGUUGCUGUUAAGUUGGAUUUCAAGGUAUGGUUAAUUUCUUAUAACCGUAAUGGCAUCAUCGGCUUACGAUCUCGCUGCAAAAUCAUCACUGGCUGAUUCGAUAAGGGGAGAAUUCGGAGUCCUGCUUCACAUUCUCCAAUUGAUAGCUGUUGUGUUUAAUUUAGAGGUUAGAGAGGGAUUCUUCGCACGCUCACUGAGGAAGCAGGGUUGGGAAGGCAUUUUGGUAAUGAGAAAGUGUCUUGUGUUUUUAAGAGUGCAUUUGCAUCAAGGAUUCGCAGAGAUGACUUAUGAAGAGGAAGGGAAAUUUGAUGUCAAAAGGUUACAUUUAUUCUUGGAUUUCUCUACCUUUACAUUUAUAUCUUGAUAAAAUGCUCCACAUUCAUGAUCCUAGCACUCUCUAUUUAUAAGAAUCCUUCUCUUCUGAGUUAUAGAGAUAUCUUGUGCAGCGUCAUUUAUGAAGAUUUUGUGUAAAAUACUCUUUCUUAAUCGAUGCUAUCUUGCAUCUCUGGAGGAGAACGAACUAUAUAUUGACUCAGAUAGAUUAU